GUGUGUGAAAGUUUCAAAAUUCAAUAAUAGCCGGUUACGAUAAAAUGACUGAGGAGUACGAGAACGCUGAACCUAUUGACGCAGACGAGAUGGACGAUGCCGAACGAAUGCUGCCAUCCCCUGUUGCUACAUCUGCUGCUGCUGCUUUACCGAAAUGCGAAGAUAAAUUUCAUAGCUGGAUCAUGGCCCGUGAUAGUGCGUCUUCGCCAACUUUGCAAGCAAUGCUGAGUGAGGAUGCGUUGAAGCUUGAAAAUAGGAAAAAGCCCGACAUUGGAGAAAAGCCAAUCGUUAUUCCGCCAGGUUACAUUGCAUGCCCGGGCAAUGUGGCUUUCAAAUGCCCAAUCGGAUACCACCCACCGGGAGUGAAAUGUUCACAAGGUCCCAGGUAUUGGAAGGAAAUACGGGCUGCGCUUACCGAACACGCGUUCCAUUUAGAAAGGAAGCAGCCGUCUCUGCAGAAGCUUAUGGAAAAGCUAAUUUGGCAAGUUUCCGAAAGUGUUGGUAUAGCAGAAAUCCUUUCGUCUCCGAAAGUGGUAAAACUGGAGAAAUAUACCAUCAACAAAGGUCCAACUUGCAAGGCGUGCAAUCGACGCGUGUCAAUGUUGGCCAACGUAAAAGCUGCCACUUGUUACGAUUGCUCUAAUCGGAUAACCACCGUCUACCGCGACGUGACCGACUACAACUUUCAAAAUGAUCUGCCGACUGACGAUUUUAAACCCAGGAGAGAAAAAACUUUGGUCUUUCUUUGUGCAAGACAAUCUCCUGAUGGAACCGAAAAGAUUAAUCAUCAAGAUAAUUUCAAAAGAUUGAUAAUCUGGGUACAACGACUUGCAAGCAAUCCAGGCCCGUUUGGAGAUGGCUAUCCGAGAGAGAUACAAGUAGUAGGAAAAUUCGCUAGCAUAUCCAGUGGGCGUGUUCCUCUAUCGGCAAUGAACAUAGCGACUUUGAAUCAGCCAAAAGACGUUUUGACACUAAAUAUGCUGUCCGAUGCCAUCAUCAACGCAUACUGGCCUGGCGAUAUUAUUUUAAUAGCCAUGAAUCAACCAGCGUCCCUUUGUACAGGCCACCAAGACUUGGAGCAGUUCAUACGUGAAUUGUUCGAGAGAGGAAUUCCUCAGUCCGCAUUGUAUUUCACUUGUCGGGGAUUGAGGUCGUUGGACGGUGCAACGGAGCCUUAUGAAACCAACGUUUUGGCCGCAGAUGUCAGAAACGCCAUUUUAAACAACAUGCCCCGUUAUGGUAUGCGUCCAGCGGUUAGUGCCUAUCUCUACGCCUGCGACUUCGAUGAUCGCUACUUGUUUCCCACUGUACCCAGGGCGACCCUCUACCAAUGUGUUCAUCAGCGCGGCAACACAGGUGAUUCGCCGAUCGAGUUUCCGGCCGCGUUGACAGAUCAUCAGCCAGCCAAAAGGAGGCGUCUGCUGGUGUCGGACUCAUCAUCGUCGUUGGAAAUGCCUCGGCCACCAUCUGCCGCGUCGACCGGUGGCGUGUUCUUUUGAGUCUGCGUUUAGCGACCCAAUAAAACCUUCUUCCGUCACCGACGUACUGUCGGCGGGAAACGGUAUUUUUCUUUUUGGGUAGUGGAGAAGAAUGGUGUUUUUAGUUUUUUAAUUUCCUUUUCGUCCGAUGUUGCGGCUUUCCGUCGCUCAAGUUUUCCCCUUUUACGGACGCCUUUUUGAAAUGUUUUGACGGAUUUUGAAUAUUAGAUGAUUAUUGCGUUUGGAGCCAGCGUGAAAUGUUGGCGCUGGAAAAAUACGUUCGCAAAUCGUUGCAAAACAACGGAAUUAAUAGUUCAAGUGUAAGUUUUGUAAAGUGUCCCAGGUUUUUGUGUUUUUUUAGUGGGGGAGUGUAUUUGUGAUGCCUUUCUCAUCCAAUUCACACGUUGCAGUUGUUUUAUGUUUCCAUUUCGUAUACAGAAAUACAUUUUCUCUAAUUAUUCCGUAAUUGUAGGCAAUUUA